AGUACAGGAGCGGAAUGGUGGCGUCUGCCGCAUGACACGGUGGAUAAAUUUCUGCCCACGCUUGUCGCGCACAACCCCUGGGCAGUAGCGCGGCGCGUCAGCAAGUGCCUGACGGCCAUGGGCAGCACCCAAGACCACGGGAAAUCCGACACUACGAAAAUUUUAAACGAGAAAACCCGCAG